CCAACAUAUCCUUGAGCUUACGGGAUAAUUCCCAUGCGAACGACCGCGGUGCUCCUCAUAGGCAUUUGUGGCCUGCUGGCCAAGGCUUUUGUCGGGCAGUCCGAUUCGUGGGGUCGACUUCCUUCGCGAAGUGUGGCGCCGGCGGCGCUUUGGGACCAGUUCUUGCCCAAAGACCCGGUGGAUGUGCCACUGAACGCUUCGGCUCUCUCCAACCGCCUGCAGGAUGUAAUCUUCACCGUGAUGAAGAAGGGUCUGCCGCAGGUGGAUAUCGACCUGCCUGCCGGCCUCAUCCUUGGCGUGGAAGGUGAGGAGCCGGAUGAGCUGGAGCCGAGGGCCCUCCAGGCCAAGGCUGGUGAUAGCGACAAGGCUAAAGCUGCGAAGAAGGAGCGGGAGGUUCGUGGAGACCGGGAGCUUGCUGGCGCCUUCGUGCAGUUCUUCUACGAGUUCAAGAACAGCGUGAAUCUUUGCGUCUUGUUUCGCAACCCUGGCCUGGCCAACUUGGCGCGGACCGCCUGGGGCGACUUCGGAAAGGCACGUGUCGUUGGCUUCCCAAGCUCUAAAAGCGUUCAGGACAGCGCAGACGUCGCUAAGCUGCUGCGGAACCGGCCCUGGGUCUUAGCGGUGGCGCCCAGAGCGCGCCAAUUGCGGCAGCUGCAGGAACUCUCCGAGAUGCCCGACGUUAAGAUGCAGCUUAUCCUGGCGAAUGCUCGGGUGAGAUGCAGGAAGCAGGGCGAGGAUCUUCGCCGAGACGUGGCCACGGCUUCCAAUCCGGUGCUCCAUGUCAGCUUCAUGAGCAAGGAUGCCUUGGUGUUCAAGUCCAUUGACACGCCAUGGGUCAUGGUGAGGAGGGACGGCACGGAGAUCUGGCGUGGCGAUGAGGAACCCUCCAGAGAGGUCCUCCUGGAUGUGCUGAAGCGCUGAGAUGCGAGCAUAGCGCGCAAAGCGAUCAGGCGGACGACGCCAGGAAGAGAUGGGGGUCCCAGUCCGACGGAGCAUCCC